AUAAUCUUUGACCCGUCACUCACGGCUCUGUUGUGGGUGAAAGAAAGGACAGCUCAUGGCGAAACAAGAAGAUAGUGUGUGCCCCUUUGGACGGAAGGGAUUGGAACGGCAGUCUGGCUUUGACUUUCUUUACGUCAACAAGUGAGAUUGGUGUGAGUGGAAGUCAACAUGAAGGGCGCUGCGACUGAGCUCACAGUGUUGGCUGUGAUUGCUGCUGUGUCUUGCGCGCAAGCCUUAACGCCGGAUGACUCUGAUUUGGAUCUACUGUUCCCGGAUAACUUUAUGUUCAGUAGUGCCACUGCAUCGUACCAGAUUGAGGGGGCCUGGAAUGUUAGUGGAAAAGGGGAGAACAUAUGGGACCGGACAACCCAUGAGCACCCAGAGAAAAUCCUAGACCAUUCUAGCGGAGAUGUAGCAUGCGACUCGUAUCACAAAUACAAGGAAGACAUCAAGUUGGCCAAGUCCUUGGGGACUCCCAUGUACCGAUUCUCGCUGUCUUGGUCUCGCAUUCUUCCAAGCGGAGCAGUUGACCGCAUAAACGAUGACGGAAUCCGCUAUUACAACGCUGUUAUCGACGAGUGCAUCGCCAAUAACAUCACCCCUGUGGUAACUUUAUUUCACUGGGACCUGCCUCAACCGCUUCAAGACCUUGGCGGAUUCUCCAAUGAGUUGAUUGCAGAUUAUUUUGAAGACUACGCGGACGUCGUGUAUAAAAACUUUGGUGAAAAGGUCAAGUGGUGGAUCACCCUUAACGAGCCGUACACGCUGUGCCAGGAGGGAUACGGCAACGGCGCUAAGGCUCCCCUAGUGGUGGCAGAGGGCCGGGCUAACUACCUCUGCGGACACACCAUGCUCAAGUCGCACGCCCGCGCAUACCGCCUGUACGAAAAGAAGUACAAAAAGUCCCAACAAGGGAAGGUCGGCAUAUCCGUAAACUCCUACUGCUUCUGGCCAAAAGACCAGAACAACGUGAAGGACGUGGAGGCAUCAGACCGUUUCCAGAACUUUGUGCUUGGUUGGUACGCCCACCCGAUUUUUAGCCAGGAUGGCGACUACCCUCCUGUCAUGAAAGAAUUCAUUAAUAGAGCGAGUGAGAGGCAAGGGCUCCGCAGAUCCCGUCUGCCAACAUUCAAUGCGACCGAAAUUGAUAUGCUGAAAGGCUCAGCAGAUUUCUUCGGCUUCAAUACAUACUCCUCCCGGUUGGUAGCGGACGCACCUAACGAAGCAGAUGGCACGACUAUGGUUGAGGAUGCACAGGUUGUGGUUUCUACUGACGCCUCCUGGGAGAAAACUAUCGCACCCUGGCAUUUUGUCGUCCCGAAGGGCAUGCGUCGAGUUCUUAACUGGAUCAAAAGAGAAUACAACAACCCUCAAGUUUUCAUUACGGAAAACGGGUACCCAGAUGCAGGGGUCCACAAGGAUGUUGGUCGAGUCAAUUACUAUAAACUCUACCUCCUAGAGGUGCUCCGAGCCAUCCAUCACGACAACUGCGCUGUCAUUGGGUAUACGGCCUGGAGCCUCAUGGACAAUUACGAAUGGUUCUAUGGCUAUGCAAACAGGUUUGGCCUUUUCCACGUGGACUUCAAAAACCCGGAUAGACCGCGUACCCCAAAGAUGUCGUCAGAAUUCUACAAGCGCCUUGUAGCAACCAAAAAGAUUCCUGAUGAGAGCGACAUUCCAUGGCCCGAUGACGACGACACGACAAGCGCCUCCUCUUCAGUGACUGCAACAGGGUUUAGCGUUGCCCUUGGUGUCCUAAUGAGCGUAUCAACGAUCAAGCACUCAAUUCUGCUAUGAUAAAUCGUCUACGACUAACUCAAAGCCGCUAUUGGCAUCCGUCCAAUCGCUUGAGAUUGGUUCUUUUCCGCAAAAUAAAGACCUCACAGUGUUCAAUAGCCUAAUAAACAUUAUUAUUUUA